GCUGUGGGUAAGACCUGUCUGCUGAUAAGCUACACCACCAAUGCAUUCCCAGGGGAAUACAUCCCCACUGUCUUUGACAACUAUUCUGCCAAUGUGAUGGUGGAUGGGAAACCGGUCAACCUGGGCCUUUGGGACACAGCCGGCCAGGAGGACUACGAUAGGCUCAGACCAUUAUCAUACCCACAGACGGAUGUGUUCUUGAUAUGCUUCUCCCUGGUCAGUCCGGCUUCCUUUGAGAACGUCCGAGCUAAGUGGUACCCUGAAGUGAGACACCAUUGCCCCAACACACCCAUCAUCCUGGUGGGCACCAAGCUAGAUCUGCGAGAUGACAAGGACACCAUCGAGAGGCUGCGGGACAAGAAGCUCUCCCCCAUCACGUACCCACAGGGUCUGGCCAUGGCAAGAGAGAUUGGGGCUGUAAAGUACCUGGAGUGUUCCGCCCUGACCCAGCGAGGCCUGAAGACGGUGUUUGACGAGGCCAUCCGAGCCGUGCUCUGCCCUCCGCCCGUGAAGAAGAGGGGAAAGAGGUGCACGAUGUUCUGA